AUCCAAACAGCUCUGAACAAAACCAAAUUACAUUCUUCAUUUUCCAUUCAAUCAUUUCUUUCAUCAACUUCUUAACCCAUGAAUUAACUGUAAUGUUUUUAUCCUUUUUGUGUUUCUGGAUUUGUGGAGAUCGAUCGUGGCAUACUCCAUUGAUGUGUUAGCUGAUAGUAAUAAUCAUCAAGACCAUGGGAGAGUUCGAGGAGCAGGAUCAGCUGAGUCAAUUACGCGACAUUUUUGAUCGCUUCGACAUGGAUUCCGAUGGAAGCCUUACGAUUUUGGAACUCGCGGCAUUGUUGAGAUCUAUCGGAAUCAAGCCUUCCGGCGACCAAAUCCAUGUCCUCCUUGCUAAUAUGGACUCUAACGGCAAUGGCGCCGUUGAGUUCGACGAGCUUGUUACCGCAAUUUUGCCGGAUAUGAACGAGGAGGUGCUGAUUAAACAGGAGCAGCUCAUGGAGGUGUUUCGAUCCUUCGAUCGUGACAGUAAUGGAUAUAUCAGCGCGGCGGAGUUGGCUGGCGCGAUGGCGAAGAUGGGACAGCCAUUGACGUAUAAAGAGCUGAGAGAAAUGAUUACGGAGGCUGACACGGAUGGUGAUGGUGUGAUUAGCUUCAAUGAAUUCGCUUCUGUAAUGGCGAAAUCCGCAUACGAGUUCUUUGGCUUUCACUUCUCGUGAUCGGAAGAUUCUCUUUACGGAAUAUCUACGGAAGUCCUUUGAUGGAUCAAACCAGAGGUUGAUUCUCUCCUUCCUACCUCCAAAA